UUCUCUCUCUGUCACUUCUUUUCUCUUUCGUCGCUCGUCUUCUCUUCUUCUUCUUCUUCUUCUUCUCCUUCUUCCUGUUUCAGCGCUCCAAUUAGGGUUUCCACAGUAAGUCACAAAGCGCAGAAACAACUACCACGGCCAUGGGGUCCAUCCCCGAUCCCGGCGAGCUGAGCGAGGUUGCUCCUCCGCCGAGCUUCGACGAGUUCCAGCGUCAGACCUCACUUAUGACCAGCUGCACACUCCUCUGGAAGGAGCUCUCCGACCACUUCUCCUCACUUGAGAAGGACCUAGUCAGCAAAUCAGAAGCACUCAAGGUCAAGAUUCGCACCUUCGACAACCACACCGCUCAGUCCCUAAAACUCCUUGACCACCGCGAGUCCUCCAUCGAGGGAAGCGUCCAGAUCGCCCUCCGCAAACUCGACAACAACCGGACCGCUGCGCUCUCCGCUCUUACCGACUCUGACUGCGGCGACUCCGCCGCCGGCGAUGGUGAGGUGGACAAUGGCGAGGGCCUAGUGCUGAAGCUGAAGUCAUUCUGCCUGAGAAUGGAUGCGGUAGGGUUUUGGAUGUUCGUGAUCGGGAAGAAAAAGGAACUGGAGGCGCUGAGGUCGGAGAUGCCGGUGGCGCUGUCGGAGUGUGUGGAUCCGGCGAAGUUCGUCCUGGAGGCGAUAUCGGAAGUGUUUCCUGUGGACAAGAGAGGAGGGGAGAAGGUAGGUAGCGGGGACCUAGGUUGGGCGUGCGUGCUGGUGCUGGAGUCGCUGAUCCCGGUGGUGGUGGACCCUGUGAUAGGGAAGUCGAGGUUGAUGGUGACGCCGGCAGUGAAGGAGAGGGCGAAGGAGAUCGCUGAGACUUGGAAGGCGAGCCUUGAGGAGAGGGGAGGGAUCGAGAACGUGAAGACCCCUGACGUGCACACGUUCUUGCAGCACCUUGUUACCUUUGGGAUUGUCAAGAAGGAUGACUUAGAGAAAUGUCAAAAGAUAGUUACAGCGUGGGAAAGACAUGUAGCUGAUCUCUUUCUUCUAAUGUUUGUUGAUAUAUGCACUGCAGAUAUGAUUGAAGAGUUAAUCAGCAAAGGCCAGCAGCUUGAUGCAGUGCACUUUACAUAUGAAGUAGGUCUUGUGGACAAGUUCCCUCCUGUUCCGCUACUCAAAUCUUAUUUGAAGGAUGCAAAGAAAGUUGCAUCAUCUAUAUUGGAAGAUCCUAAUAAUGCAGGCCGAGCUGCGACCCUAGCUGCAAGAAAAGAGCAAUCUGCCCUCAGGGCUGUGAUUAAAUGCAUUGAGGAGUACAAACUUGAGGAUGAGUUCCCUCCCGAAAAUCUGAAGAAGCGACUUGAUCAGUUGGAGAAGGUCAAGACGGACAAGAGGAAACCAGUUGUUGUCCCUGCCAACAAAAGAACAAGAGCAAGCAACAGCAAUGGUGGCCCAAUGCCUCCUGCCAAGGCUGGCCGUUUGACCAAUGCAUAUGUGUCAUCUUUCCCUGCUGCUCCGGCAUUUGUUAGGUCUCCAUCACACGGGCAAUACCCAGCUGCUCUUCCAGCAUAUCCUUCCCCACCACACAUGUACGGAAGCAGAAGCCCCCCCUAUGCUGCUUACUCACCGGAGCCAGCACCAGCUAUGGCAGGUUCAUACCCAGCUGCAUCAAUGAACUACCCUGCAUAUGGUGGCUAUGGAAAUGUUAUGGCACCAACUUAUCAGCAGGCUUACUACCGAUAGACAUGACAUCCCAAAAGAUGGUAACCACUGAUAUGACGACCUUGAUCCCAUUUACUUUCUCAAUGUUGUUUGUAAUCACUAACCGUUUUAACGGUAGAAGUUCUGUGUGUUAAUUAUAACUACUGUCCCACUUCCUGCUCUGCAUGGCGAGAAGUUGUAUUUCUAAUGUUGAUCCCGUAGUACUAGGCGAUUGUGGAAGGUAACUAGGACGGCCAAGAAACAUCAGAAAACUCAUCUACCAAUGUUCGGUUUAGUUGUAGAAAGACUUACUGUUACUAUGUUUACAAUUAUAUAUUUUUAUCCUGUGAUCGAA